UGGCAGACUAAGAGCUCAGGCAAGAGCCCCAGCACUUUUUUCCAGUACCCCCAGGCACCGUGCAGCUGGGUGGGAAAAGCAGGCAAGUGAGGGAAGGAAGGCGCUAGAAGGAGGUGAGUUAGGCACUGGCUCUCAGCAAAGUUUGAGAGGCCCCGUAGCCAUGAGUGAUCCAGGUCCUCAGAAGAACAGCGAUGGUUCUGUGUCUCGUCUGCUCAAUGUGGUGGAAAGUGAGCUCCAGGCAGGGAGGGAGAAAGGCGACCCCACAGAGAAGCAGCUUCAGAUCGUCCUGGAGGAUGCGCCCCUCUGGCAGAGAUUCAAAGACAUCACUAAUGAGAUGAUUGUGACCAAGAAUGGCAGACGGAUGUUUCCGGUCCUAAAGGUCAGUGUCUCAGGGCUGGACCCCAACGCCAUGUACUCCCUCCUGCUGGACUUCAUGCCCACCGACAGCCACCGCUGGAAGUACGUGAAUGGGGAGUGGGUGCCCGCGGGCAAGCCCGAGGUCUCCUCCCACAGCUGCGUGUACAUCCACCCCGACUCGCCCAACUUCGGGGCGCACUGGAUGAAGGCACCCAUCUCCUUCAGCAGAGUGAAGCUGACCAACAAGCUGAACGGAGGCGGGCAGAUAAUGCUGAAUUCUCUGCAUAAGUACGAACCACAGAUUCACAUAGUACGUGUUGGCGGGGCACACAGAAUGGUCAUGAACUGCUCCUUCCCCGAAACCCAGUUCAUAGCUGUGACCGCCUAUCAGAACGAGGAGAUAACAGCUCUCAAAAUCAAGUACAACCCCUUUGCCAAGGCCUUCCUGGACGCCAAGGAAAGAAACCACCUAAAAGACAUUCCAGAGGUUGUUGCUGAGAGCCAGCAUGUUGCCUAUUCUCACUUGGGAGGCUGGAUCUUCUCCAAUCCGGAUGGCAUGUGUGCGGCCAGCAACACCAAUUACCAGUAUGCUACUCCUUUGCCUCUGCCUGCUCCGCAUGCCCACCACGGCUGUGAGCACUAUUCUGGUCUCCGAGGACACCGGCAGGCUCCCUACCCUUCUGCCUAUAUGCACAGAAACCACCCUCCCUCAGUGAAUUUGAUAGAAAGCUCAAGCAAUAAUCUGCAAGUUUUCUCAGGAACAGACAACUGGACUUCCUUAUCCUCCACACCCCAUACCAGCAUCCUGACUGUACCCCACACCAAUGGACCAAUCAAUCCAGGACCCAGCCCUUAUCCGUGCCUCUGGACCGUCAGCAACGGAGGCGGGGGCCCUGCGGGCUCAGGCCCAGAGGUGCACCCUGGCACCCCCGGCGCGUUCCUCCUGGGUAAUCCAGCCGCCACGCCGCCCUCUUCAGUGCUCCCCAGCCAGGCUCCCGCUGCGGCCGGGGUGGAGGUCUUGGGGGAGCCCUCGCUGGCCAGCAUCGCCGUCUCCACCUGGACGGCAGUGGCCUCUCACCCCUUCCCAGGUUGGGGUGGCUCCGGUGGACGCCAUUCCCCCUCAUCUCUGGACAGUUAGGCAGGUUGCUAAGAGCCUC